GGGGACACUUGACAUCAACGUACGCAGCAUGAAGCUCUUCCAGCUGACACUGCCCAACGAACAGCACGGCAAGGUCGUGUCCGUUCUGCAAGAUGAGCUCAAACUAGAUAACGUAACGAGUGUGGAGGCGCGCACAUCGUCCAUCGUGACGUUCCGCGUGGAAGACGAGGAGAUGCAGGCGAUCCUCAACAAGCUGCAGCGUAUGGGCGUUGGUGUGCAGUUUGGUUUCUGCGACGUCAUGUCGCUCACGCCAGGCACCACCAUGCGCAAGCACAACCGCAGCAAGAAGAAGAAGCGCAGUGUUGGCCGCAUCCUGGAGCGCAACACCGACGUGGGCACUGCAGUACCUGUGGCCGAGAUGUACGCACAUAUCGAAGCAAACUCUACACUGUCCCGGGACUCAGUGAUGAUGCUGUUAAUCUCGUCGUAAGCUGCUUGAUUUUAUUCUUCUCUGAUUGGGUGAGGUGGAAACCUCAUUAUGGUCGUGUACUCUCACAGGUCGAUCGCUGGAAUUGGUCUGGCUGGAGAUUCAGGGACUUACGUCGUCGCCUCCAUGCUUUUAUCCCCGAUGAUGGGACCAAUUUUGGGCUGCGCUUUCGGAUUUGCUCUUCGCGAUAAAAAUCUCUUCAUUAACGGAAUGCUGAAUGAGCUGUUCGCUUUGACAAUUACUUUUCUAUUGGGUAUAAUGAUCGGCGCGUUCUUAAGCCCCUAUGCAGUAGCGCUGAACUGGCCCACGGCCGAGAUGCGCGAGCGUGGCCAGGCAAUUCAACUGUUAUUCGGGGCGAUUGUUGCUGCACUUUCGGGCACUGGUGUUGCGCUGGCUGAAUCAAAUGCCAACAUCUCCUCUGUUGUCGGAGUUGCCAUCGCCGCGGCACUACUUCCACCAACCGUUAACUGCGGGAUAUGCUUCUCCUAUGUCAUGAUCGGGCAAUAUUUUGUGACGGACGAUGUUAUCGGAGAAGAGCAAAAACUUGUUUUCUACGAGAUUGCAGUGGGCAGUCUAAUGCUUUUGUGGAUCAAUGUCGUCCUCAUUUACGUCACCGCAGUAUUGGUCUUUAAAAUCAAGAAGGUGGACCAGUUUCAACUGAUCCGGCGUAUUGACGAGGGCGCGUGGCAGAAUUUGCCACGUGUGCAGAGAACUCCGGCUCACAGAGACUCUACCACAAGGCAGAACUUUGACAGACGCGAACGAGUGGAGAGUAACGGGAGUGCCAACAGUACUAGUGGUUUUCUAACUGAUGAGGAGGACAUGAAUUUUUCUCCUGCUUCGCAGAAGAAUGUACGCGAGCCGCCCAAGCUGGUGCCAAUACGCCGAAGACCUCAUUCGCCGCUCGCUAACAUGGAUGAAGUGAACCUUAGUCUGGGAAGAGCAGACGCGGUCUAAGUUGGACUGCCAAGCGAGAAAAUGAACUGAAAUGAUUGGGUUUUGCUUUCCUUAAUUUCACAAGUGUAAUUGAGAAACAAGUACUUCAAGAAGUACAAAAGGCUUCAGGUACACGUAUACUAGCUCUCGUCUACCUCCAACGUAGCGUGGCGAACGUUCCGUCUAAUUUUCGAGCGACGCUGAACAGCGUGCAGAUGCAUGGCGGCGAUUUCUCUGUUACGGUCGUACGGUAUAUUCUGGCAAACCAAAAUGCGAAGAGUUGGUGUUUCCUUGCGAAUUGGUGCUAGAGUUGGAGCUGGCUUCGGCACAAGAGGCUUAUUGGCUUUUGUACGGACUACUACAGCUGAAGCAGGCGCAGGUUCCGAUUGAGAAGAUGUUCGUUUCAGCACAAUUGCUUCAAGUCUGACCAAAAAUUUCACAACACAAGUCAGCACGCAGCAGCUGGAGCGAAGGUGUGAAGAAGCACUUACAAUCGGGGUUCAGAAAGAUGUCUGCUUACUCGAGGCGUUCGAUUUCGAGAAAGGAUAGAAAUCGCCAAUUCCGUGGGCUCUGCUUCAGUGGCUGGUGGUUCUUCGAUAAUUGUUGGAGGGGCUUUCUGUUGCUCUUCCUUUUCCUCCUCCUCUACAGCAUCAGCAGAUGGAUCCGAUUCAGAGCCUGCGGAAUCGUCAUCUUCCGGGUUGUCUUGGAAAUUAUCUGGAAGUGCUGCCUCGAUUUCACUCAUCAGAUCGUCAUGAUCGAGAAGCGAUAGCAUCGACACGUCUUCGCCAGAAAAUAGCUGAUCAAAUUCAGAGGGCAAGCCGAACGAAGUCACGUCGCAAUUCUCCGUUAAUCGAUUGGAUGGCACAGGGUCAAGGAGAGGAGAUGCUGGCCUUUGUGGCUGUGUCCACGUCAUAUCUUGUUCCGUGGGUAAUUGUAUCGGUAGUUUACAGCCUUCAAGCGGCAUCAAACGGAUUUUGGUGCUACUCGCGAGAUCGCUGGCAACAGUUGUCGGUCCAAAGCAUUUAACUGGGAUUGGAGGCUCACAAGAAUCCAAGUCACAACGCUGCUCAGGGACAACUAUUUCGUCUUGCUCUGCUCUCGAUCUCGUAGGAAUUCCCGAAAGUUUUGGAGAAAGAGGCAUCGUACUGGCACGCUGCAAAGCGAGUACUUGCGAAAAUGGAAGCAAAGCAUGGCAAACCUUUAAACCAGCAGUAUGGAGAUCAGCAGGACUAAAAUGACGAAGAGAAGGGUUUAUCUGCUCUACGAGAUCUGAUUCAACGCGACUGUGGGUAGUUGAUGCAGGUUGCAGUAGCUUUGCCUUGUGUACGCCGGCAUCAACACCGAAGAAAGAUGCUUCAAGCGUAUAACUGUGAAGCACUUGCAUCUCGUUCCACACGACUACACGGCCCGUACCCUUCUUCGAAGCAGUGACCGAAAAGGUGCAAUCCCCAAAGCUAAAGAAUCCUCCGUGAGCGCAAUCGCUAGUUUUGCAAAGGAUAUGGGGAAAGAGGCGAACACGAGCGGCUUCACUUCUGCUACCAGGGUCGAACUGUCGACACCCAUACAGAAAAAUGUUCUUCUUGCGGCUAUGGCCAUGAAGGUCACAGUACAGACUCACGUGACGCGUCUUGCAAACGGAGAGGAUCAUGUUCUUGGUGGCAAAAAUUGUUGGAUGAAGCUCAGUGGAGGGGUUAAGCCACCGUCGAUUAAGGUCCGUACCGGCGAGUGAGCACCGAUAAUUACCGUGAACGACCCCGUCAGGAUUUAACAUUGGCACAACCUUGAACACGAAGUGGUGCCUCAAAAACCGAGCUUCGAGCGAGUUUCCCGUAAGAAACUCGAGUAUACCAUGCAUUACAAAGCUGCUAUUGCUUUCUCCCGGAUGAACUCGAGCUGAGAUCACUAUUGCUGUGCGUUUUCUUGUAGUCGAGUCCUUCUCGUCGUCUUGACUGAAGUCCGUGAUAGUGAGCAAGUCGCAGUUGUUACCAGCGAUUGUUUUGCACAUCACUCUUCGCUUGAAGUUGUUUCUACGAUCGGGAUCUUUCUGCAUGGACAAUAAGUACCGUUGCAGCCGUGUAUAUGUGUAAGGGUAACAAUGGGCAAAGUAUGCAACAAAGGGCUUGUCGCCAAAUGUCUGACUCGACGAGAACGAUGCUUUUGAAGAAGAUGGGGAUUGCACCGGAAACUCAUUCACGAAAGACAACGUGUAGUAGUUCAUCACUUUCCCCGUGCGACGAUGUCGAUAGGUGUCCGUGUUCUUGAAGUAGCAGACGUUGACCCCCGCGUGAUUCCAACCGCACUUGGGCGCGCCCGAGCUGUCGAUGUAAACGGCAGGGAGCAUGCCCUCGGUGUACAGGCUGGAUCUCUUGAGCAUGUUACGAAUAUUGAAGCGCACCUUCAAGCUGGUAGCUCCGCGUUCUCGGGCUUGCUGGAACAAAGUUGACGGAAUUGUGACUCGGAAAAAGUACCAUUGGAUACAGCCUUGUGUGUUCAUGUCAGUGUCUGCAUAGAGGUCGUAUUCAGAAUCAACGUCGACGAAAAACGGGAAUGGCAUCGUCGAUGUCUGUAAAGUUGGUGCUUUGGUUGACACCAGGCCAGGUUCGCUCGACCUCGUUGAGCUCUUACCGAUGAAGGAAGAACUGCGUAACAUGAGUAGCUCGUGGCUAGGAGCGUAUCGACGCCCCAGAACUCGAUAGGCUCGGUCCAAAUUGCCGCUCUCAAAGGUAGCGCUGAAGCUUAUCUCGUCUGAGAGAUUUGUGCUGGCAUUCGAACGGCUCUCGAGCUCCUUGUUACGCUUGUAGAUGAGCCGGGUCUCAAGACCAAAUCCAUGGCGUGGUGAUUGAAAGAAUUCGUUGUUCGUCAUGUAGUCGCUUAGCAGACGAGCUCGCCUGAGAGCCUCGGGGGGUACGGCGACGGCAUCUCCGUCGACAUGUUUGCCUGCCUCAGGAUCAUCUAGGGCAGCUAAAUGUGGCAGGACGUAGCCGAAGCCUGUCUGUGUGGUAGUGUCGAAUUCUUCCAGCUCGUCAUCGGGCGAGAGUACGAUGAGAGGUAGAGGGGGCGGCGUGCUGAGGACAGGACCCAAAGAACGCUUUCGCAAGAGUUUGUACGGUAUCUCGGCGUACAGCUUGAGGCUCAUGUCGAAAACAACACCGUAUCAUGCAUUCGAUAACGAUAAAUGUUAGCAGAAGGCUCUUGGGUUUUAUUGUAAUAUUAGUGAACACCACAGAGUACUGUUCUUAUUGAAAAUA